UUGUUCUGUGUGUUUGACAGUUGUUCCAUUUGACUUUUUUUCAUUUUCUGUGCGAAAACGAACGAAAUUGCAAUCAAUUUGCAAUUAAAUUUACUUAAUUGGUGAUUUGUUUUCAAAAAAUGACCCAAUAAUUCGACAAUGGGACAAAAUCACUAAACGAAACCAAAAAGAUUUCAAACAUUAGUAUAGUUUAAAACAAAGUUUUUUUUUUCUCUUCUACUAAUAUAAAUGGAUAUAUUUGCGCUGCUGAUUUCAUCAUCGUGGAGAGAAAAAAAAAGUCAUAGCAAUUAAAAUAAAAAUUUAUUAAAAUAAGAGUGUAAAUAAAAAGAAAAUGGGUGCAUCAACGUCAAAAAAAGAAAAUCUGCCACAAUCGAGUAGUCCAACAAAGCGAAAUGUGGAUCUAUCACGUUUUGCAGCCCGUGUUGAUAAUGUGAAUGUGAGCGGCCUUGGCCGGACGCACGAUGAUUAUGUAAAUCGGGCGGUGCGAAAUCUCUUUAAAGCAAAAACAUUUAAUGAAGUUGUACUUGAAGUGAAGACAUCGAUAAAGCAAUUGGAAGAGCUUGGAAUUUACAAAUCGCUGCGGGCAAGCAUUGAUAUAAGUCGCGGCGAGAAUGCAACGGAAAAUGGUUAUGAGGUGUCAUUUGAUGGCGUUGAAUUAUCUCGACUCACCGGAAAAAUUGGCACAGAAAUCGGACAAAAUGAGGGAGCCGUCACAGUCGAAGUUGCAUCGCCAAACCUUUUCGGUCGUGGUGAACGACUUACGGUGCAUGGAAGCUAUAGCAAUCAUAAAACAACUGACAUAAAUAUCAAAUUGACAAAACCAUACUAUCAUACGAUAUUAGGUGAUUUCAAACCAGAAACAUCAAUUAUCCUAUCAAAGUAUACGGCGGAAUUUCCAUGGUCGAAAUAUCGAACUGACAAUUUGGGUUUAAUAUUGGAUGCUGCAUUUUGGUUGCCCGCACAAGUUCAUCAUAAUGUUCAGUUGGAAACGUCAAUCAGAGAGAUUGGAUUGACAGCACGUCAAGUGCCAUUGGUCUUGCGAAAAAAUUGUGGACCUCGAUUGGCAACCAUUUUACGGCAUACUUGCACAAUAGACGAACGUGACAGCACCAUAUAUCCAAGUCGUGGUAUUUUUCUUCGAUCCACACAAGAAAUUGCUGGAUUUGCCGGAGGCAAUGUUGGUUACACAAGUACCAAUACACAUGCUGAACUCAAUGUACCUUUGUUUGCUGGUAUUUCGGCUCAAUUUUGCGGACGCAUCGGUCUUCUAAGACCAGCCAAAAUGUCACCACCUGUACCUAUCAGUAGUUUAUUCACUUUGGGCGGACCACAAUCGCUUCGUGGCUAUGUAAUGGCCGGUGCUGGUGAACAUGUCGAUGGCAUCGCUGUCGGUGCACAUUCUUACAUGGCAGCUGGAGCACAUCUCUGGGCACCGUUACCAUUCUUUAGUCGACAGGGAUUUGCAAAUCUAUUCCGUUUACAUUUCUUCUUGAAUUGCGGAAAAACCGAUUCAUUUGUACUGGAUGCCACCAAUUUGGCCAGUUCGAUGGGUGUGGGAAUGGCAUUGCGAAUGGGCGAACGCGCUCGAAUCGAAUUCAACUACUGCGAACCACUCACAAGUAAAAAUAGUCACUUCUUCAAGAAAGGCUUUCAGUUUGGCAUUGGCUAUGACUUUAUUUGAAGAAAUUAAUUAGAGAAAAAUGCAUUAAAUUCUUACAGAAAAGAAAACUAGUUUGAUGUGUUCUCAGAAACACAACCACAAAACAAAUCUCACUCGCUUUUAAAUUGUAUGUGCAUUUUGAGCAGGAAUUGUUACCCGUACAAACCGUAUAAGUAUUUUUUUUCUCUCUGUGUAAAUGUUACACCUCAAACCAUCAAAUUUAUGUGCGUCACGACAAAGACAGAUGAUAGAUCAAAAUGAAUAUUGUACAAGAUAUUUUCGUUAAAAUA